AUGUCGUCCGUCACAGAUCCAAAUGAACAAUAUGCUUUGAUCACCAAGAACUUGCAGGAAGUUCUCAAUGCCCAGAUUAUCAAGAAUGUUUUGGAAGUUGAAAAGAGACCUUUGAAAUUGUACUGGGGUACUGCACCAACCGGUAGACCUCACUGUGGUUAUUUUGUUCCAAUGACCAAGUUGGCAGAUUUUUUGAAAGCUGGCUGUGAAGUUACUGUUCUAUUGGCCGAUUUGCACGCUUUCUUGGAUAAUAUGAAGGCUUCUUUGGAAGUUGUUGCUUACAGAGCAAAGUAUUACGAACUAGUCAUCAAGGCGAUUUUGAGAAGCAUCAACGUUCCAAUUGAAAAAUUGAAGUUCGUUAUUGGUUCUUCUUAUCAAACCUCCAACGAAUACAUCAUGGACAUCUUCAAGUUGUCUAACAUUGUUUCUCAAAACGAUGCCAAGAGAGCUGGUGCCGAUGUUGUGAAGCAAGUCGCUAACCCAUUGUUGAGUGGUUUGAUUUACCCUUUGAUGCAAGCCUUAGAUGAAGAACAUCUUGGUGUCGAUGUCCAAUUCGGUGGUGUUGAUCAAAGAAAGAUCUUCGUGCUAGCAGAAGAGAAUUUGGAAAAAUUGGGCUAUAAGAAAAGAGCACAUUUGAUGAAUCCAAUGGUUCCAGGCUUAGGCCAAGGUGGUAAGAUGUCUGCUUCUGAUCCAAAUUCUAAGAUUGAUUUAUUAGAAGAACCAAAACAAGUUAAGAAGAAGAUUAACAGUGCAUUCUGUGCCCCAGGUGUCGUUGAAGAUAAUGGGUUAUUGGCUUUCAUCGAAUCUGUUGUUGCACCAAUACAAGAGUUGAAAUACGGUAGUGAUCACUUUAAGUUCGAUAUCAACCGUCCUGAAAAAUUCGGUGGACCAAUUUCAUAUACUUCUCUAGAUCAGAUUAAGCAGGACUUCAAGGAGCAAAAAUUAGCUCCUCCAGAUUUAAAGUCCGGUGUCUCUGAUGCUAUCAACGAGCUAUUGGCUCCACUUAGAGAAGAAUUUCAAAACAAUCCUGAGUUCCAAGAGGCUGAAGCUAAGGGUUAUCCACCACCAGUAGUUGAAAAGACCAAGAAAGCUAAGAAAUCAAAGAAUAAAGGUGAUCGUUACCCAGGUGCUAAGCCAGCUGUUGAGCAAGCGGCUGAAGCGCUAAAAGAAACUAAUUUGGAAGAUGCCAAAUAA